AUGGCAGACCCUGCGCACGCUCGAGAGGGCUUCUGGGAGGAGCAGCAGCACCAACAGCAGCUGCUACAGAUGACCCGAGGUGUCUUUGAGGCCAUGCACAACAAUAGCAUGCAGAUGCUUCAGAUGCGCGUCGACACCUUGGAACGGCAGGUGGCAAUGCUAUCUGCGCAGGUCAUGGCAUCUACGUUACCUACACCAUUUCAGGCCUACCCAGGCGUCACGUACGGAAUGUCGCCCGCCACCUCCAACCUCACCCCGACGCCCACCAUGCCGGCACAGAUGCCAACGAGCAUGUACUAUUACCAGUCGCCUGACAUGCCCGCCGCCGCCCCCGCUAACAGCUCCGCUGUGGAUGACAGCAAGGCGUCGAAGCAGCUGGAAGAUGAGCUCCAGCGCAUGGGUGUGCUGACCUACGGUGGCGCUGCUGCUGGUACCAAUACGAGCCCUGAGGCAGCGGCGGCGGCGGCGACAAUGACCUUGAUGCAUAGCAACCUCAUGGUGUCCCCGACCAGCGGCAUUUCCGCCUUCCCAGGUGUGAUGGCUGGUGUCAGCAACCCCAACCCUGCCGGCCCCAGUAUACCUUUCAUGACUGGGAAUCACGAAGUCACCUUCGCGCCCUCGAUUAUGCCGGCCCCGCCAGCCUCCUCCCCAACGAAGAUUAGCAACGCGCUUCUUCAGAAGGCGUUUGGGUUUUCGGACACGUCUAUGAACGGAGCUGGCGGCGAGGGCAUGAGCGCCAACAUGAGCAGCCUUCAGCGCAGUUGUGCCGUGACGCUGGACCCGCUGCAGAGCACCACCGAGACGCUUGAGCAGACCUGCCAGCAGACUAAGAUGCGUGUUCUCUGCCUGAAAGGUUGCAAGGGUAUCACAAGCCUGAACGCCAUCUCACGCCUGCAGAACCUGUGGCUCCUGAACUUGCAGGGAUGCUCACCCUGCGUGGAUGAUAGUGCAGUGCGCAUGAUCGCAACACACAACACACGCCUCAGCCGGCUGAACCUCUGCGGGUGUGACCGCGUGACGGACGCACAGCCGCUUGCGCAGCUCUCCCUCAUGUUCGACCUGAACCUCUCUGGCACGCUGAUUGGGACCGCCUCACUGGAGGCGAUCUCGAAGGGGUGCGGCCAGCUCAGCCGCCUCGCUAUCAACAGCUGCCAACAACUGUCAGAUGUGUCGAGCCUGACGAACCUGUCGGAACUCAAGUUGCUCUACUGCCGCUACUCCGAAAACAUCGAUCCAGCCACCAUCGGUAGCGUCCUCGCCGGCAUCGGUCAGAAUUUGCUCACACUGAACGUGGACGGCAUUCGUUUCCGUCAGCUCGACCUCUCACACCUGCCGCACGUGACCGCCUUGAAGAACCUCAACUGCAAGGACAACACCCAGCUUAGGGAUUUGGACUGGUUGCUGAGCAUUCCCAACGCGGCCAAGAUCUUCGAGUCGCUGGAAAUGCUCGACGUAGAAGGCUGCGAGUCGCUCGUGAGCUUUGGCACGCACAUCACCUCGCUGAAGCGGCUCAAGACGAUGCGCCUCACGAACACCGGCAUUGCCGAUGGGGAGCUUGCCCGCCUCACAGUCUGCUCGGCGCUCGCCACCCUCCAUCUCGACGGCUGUGCGGCCAUCACAAAUGUCGAGUGCCUCGCGAAGGCGCCCAGUCUCACAAAGGUGGUACUGAGCAUGCACAUGCAGCAGGAGAACACCAAGGCAAACGGCCUCGACGCCCUGCGCAAGAGGGCCGGAUUGGAGAUCAUCUUUGCAGCGCCCAACAAUCACCAUGGACAAGGCAGUGCUGCCCACCAUAUGACCACGACGCCGACGAGCCGUUUCCCGCCCUCUAUCCCCACAGCAAGCCCGAACACCGCCACCGAGGCACACGCCUUCUCGUAA